GGAGCCGCUCCAACGGGUCUGAAAUCUUACGAGUCACGACUCACGCAUACCCCUUAGACCCGGCGUGCCCAACGUUCAUUUUUCAACUGAAUCGCUCACAAUGAGCGAUUCACAGUCCGUUUCCUUCUCCGACUCCCCCCAUAACCGCCAAACCUCCAAUAACAAUCCCACGAUCCCAAUCGAGAUCGUAAGCGAAGAAGAAAUGGCUCUCCUUGAAGCAGCUUUGGCGGCUACUCGGUCUUCUUUUUCUUCCUCUGAUAUUCCUUCAAUUUGUUCUCCCUCUCCAUCCUCUCAGUUCCAGAUGAAUGCCAGGUGUGUCAGCUCCAUUACUCUCCUUUCUAAGAGGGGAUUGUCGUGUUGCUCACGACCGGAUAUUGAGGAUUUCGGUGGUACCCAGAAGAGGAACCGAGUGCCUGAGUCGUUGCUGCAACGGUUCAGAAAGAAUAGAGCAUUGUCUGUCACCGAUUUCACCAACACAGAAUGGUGUGAAAAACAGACGGAGUUCAGUCUCCUCUUUGGCAAACGGAAAGUCAACAAAGCUAUGAAAGCAGGUAGUGUUCGCCACGCAAAACUAGAAGAAGAGAUUGUUAAAAAAGUUAAAGUUCGAGUUAAAUCUGCCGAAGAUAUUUGGGCUCUGAAGUUUUUGAAUUUCAUAACUGGUGCCAAUCAAUUACAGUUCGAAGGACUAACGCGUGAGCUUCCUCUAAUAGGCUUUGUGGAAGGUGUGUGGCUGGUUGGAGUGAUGGACGAAAUCCGACUGCCUCUAUCAGAGACAAAUAGAUGUCCUGUUCUCGUGGACACAAAAACUCGUGUUCGAGAUACACUUCCCGCUGAACCACAAAGAAGGAAUGGAAGGCUUCAGUUAAUGUGCUACAAGUAUUUGUGGGACAGUUUGGUUGCUGAAAAAUUUUCGUCCAGACAGUUUUUCGAGUUCUUUUCCUUGGAUCCUUAUUAUUUAUUAUGUGAAGAAAUUCAUUUGAGCACCGUAAGCUCAGGAUUUCCUGCAAAGACCCUCAACGACGUAGUCAGAUUCUUUAGAAACACAUGCAGCAUGUUUCUCCCUGCUCAUGAGCAGCUGUUGUUGAGAUACGAGCUGCAAAAGGAUAAUUCAGUGCUUGCCGAGGAUCAUUUCACUUAUGAUCCUGAUUGGCUCAAGAGUCAGUUACAGCGCUGUCUGGAGUUCUGGCUGGGAGAGCGAGAAGCUAGUUUCGUUCCUGAGGAAGAGCAGUGGAAAUGUCAUUAUUGUCAAUUUGCCUAUAUGUGCCCCGCAACCUCAAAGCCUGAUAGCAUGCCAAGUCCAGAAAAGACGAACACUGAUGGCACUCCAAGCUAAGCAAUAUACUUUAACUUUUUUUAUUGCUUGUUCUUUCAUUGGCUCCCUCGGUCUGAGCUAGCAAACCUCUGCAGACGAGCAAAAAAAUUUCUUCAAGCUUCUUCGCACUACUAUGUUUGCUUCCCUGAAGAUAUAUUAUUGUAUCUUUCCUCCUGUAUGUGCAGCAGUAAUUUGUCAUAUCUGUAUAGAAAUCCAUCUGUUGUAGGCAUUGUCCGGACAGAACUAUCCCUGUCUGGACAGCAUAUACCAGACAGCAGUUCUGCUGCAUAAUUGAGCCAAAACCUCCACACUUUAUCAUUUAUCUCAGCUUUCAUUGUCGGCUUUAUAUCCUGUAAAUUUUCUGCAAAUGUGGCAAUGAAUACUGUAAAAAGAUAAUCAGUGAUAUUACAUGUUUGUUGGCUCCCCUUUUAA